AACUGUGUGUGUGGGUGUGUGUGUGUGUUCUCAAUAUGUGAGCAUGUGUGUGGGGUUACAGGGCUUGAGGUGUUAAUUAAAGUGUAAUUCUCAGUGUGAGAGGAGGGGAUAGAUUGUGUGUGUGUGUGUGUAUUCUGUUUUAGCAGUCUUACCCCCCUAAGAAAUUAAGAAAAAGUGAAUAAUGAUGUUUCCAUUGGUUCUGACCUCAGCUGACCCUACUGACGAUAGAAUUACAACUAGUCUAGAACCCAAAUCCUCAUCACCUAUUGACGCUACUGACGAUAGAUUUACAACUAGUCUAGAACCCAAAUCCUCAUCACCUACUAACCCUACUGACGAUAGAAUUACAACUAGACUAGAACCGAAAUCCUCAUCACCAACUGACCCUACUGACGAUAGAAUUACAACUAGACUUGAACCGAAAUCAUCAUCACCUACUGACGCUACUGACGAUAGAUUUACAACUAGUAUAGAACCGGACUCCUCAUCUCCUACUGACCCUACUGACGAUAGAAUUACAACUAGUCUAGAACCGGAAUCCUCAUCACCAACUGACCCUACUGGCGAUAGAAUUACAACUAGUCUGGAACGCAAAUCCUCAUCACCUACUGACACUACUGACGAUAGAAUUACAACUAGUCUACAACCCAAAUCCCCAUCACCUACUGGCGCUACUGACGAUAGAAUUACAACUAGUCUAGAACCCAAAUCCUCAUCACCUACUGACCCUACUGACGAUAGAAUUACAACUAGUCUAGAACCCAAAUCCUCAUCACCUACUGACGCUACUGACGAUAGAAUUACAACUAGUCUAGAACCCAAAUCCUCAUCACCUACUGACGCUACUGAUGAUAGAAUUACAACUAGACUAGAACCCAAAUCCUCAUCACCUACUGACCCUACUGACUGUAGAAUUACAACUAGCCUAGAACCCAAAUCCUCAUCACCUACUGAUGCUACUAGAAUUACAACUAGUCUAGAACCCAAAUCCUCAUCACCUACUGACCCUACUGACUGUAGAAUUACAACUAGCCUAGAACCCAAAUCCUCAUCACCUACUGAUGCUACUAGAAUUACAACUAGUCUAGAACCCAAAUCCUCAUCACCUACUGACCCUACUGACGAUAGAAUUACAACUAGACUAGAACCGAAAUCCUCAUCACCAACUGACCCUACUGACGAUAGAAUUACAACUAGACUUGAACCGAAAUCAUCAUCACCUACUGACGCUACUGACGAUAGAUUUACAACUAGUAUAGAACCGGACUCCUCAUCUCCUACUGACCCUACUGACGAUAGAAUUACAACUAGUCUAGAACCGGAAUCCUCAUCACCAACUGACCCUACUGGCGAUAGAAUUACAACUAGUCUGGAACGCAAAUCCUCAUCACCUACUGACACUACUGACGAUAGAAUUACAACGAGUCUACAACCCAAAUCCUCAUCACCUACUGGCGAUAGAAUUACAACUAGUCUAGAACCCAAAUCCUCAUCACCUACUGACCCUACUGACGAUAGAAUUACAACUAGUCUAGAACCCAAAUCCUCAUCACCUACUGAUGCUACUAGAAUUACAACUAGUCUAGAACCCAAAUCCUCAUCACCUACUGACCCUACUGACUGUAGAAUUACAACUAGCCUAGAACCCAAAUCCUCAUCACCUACUGAUGCUACUAGAAUUACAACUAGUCUAGAACCCAAAUCCUCAUCACCUACUGACCCUACUGACGAUAGAAUUACAACUAGACUAGAACCGAAAUCCUCAUCACCAACUGACCCUACUGACGAUAGAAUUACAACUAGACUUGAACCGAAAUCAUCAUCACCUACUGACGCUACUGACGAUAGAUUUACAACUAGUAUAGAACCGGACUCCUCAUCUCCUACUGACCCUACUGACGAUAGAAUUACAACUAGUCUAGAACCGGAAUCCUCAUCACCAACUGACCCUACUGGCGAUAGAAUUACAACUAGUCUGGAACGCAAAUCCUCAUCACCUACUGACACUACUGACGAUAGAAUUACAACUAGUCUACAACCCAAAUCCUCAUCACCUACUGGCGCUACUGACGAUAGAAUUACAACUAGUCUAGAACCCAAAUCCUCAUCACCUACUGACCCUACUGACGAUAGAAUUACAACUAGUCUAGAACCCAAAUCCUCAUCACUUACUGACGCUACUGAUGAUAGAAUUACAACUAGACUAGAACCCAAAUCCUCAUCACCUACUGACCCUACUGACUGUAGAAUUACAACUAGCCUAGAACCCAAAUCCUCAUCACCUACUGAUGCUACUAGAAUUACAACUAGUCUAGAACCCAAAUCCUCAUCACCUACUGACCCUACUGACUGUAGAAUUACAACUAGCCUAGAACCCAAAUCCUCAUCACCUACUGAUGCUACUAGAAUUACAACUAGUCUAGAACCCAAAUCCUCAUCACCAACUGACCCUACUGACUGUAGAAUUUCAACUAGUCUAGAACCAAGAUCCUCAUCAACAACUGACCCUAUAGAAUUACAACUAGUCUAGAACCCAAAUCCUCAUCACCAACUGACCCUAUAGAAUUGCAACUAGUCUAGAACCCAAAUCCUCAUCACCAACUGACCCUAUAGAAUUACAACUAGUCUAGAACCGGAAUCCUCAUCACCUACUGACCCUACUGACGAUAGAAUUACAACUAGUAUAGAACCGGAAUCCUCAUCUCCUACUGACCCUACUGACGAUAGAAUUACAACUAGUCUAUAACCGGAAUCCUAAUCUCCUACUGACCCUAUUGACGAAAGAAUUACAACUAGUUUGUAACCAGAAUCCUCAUCACCAACUGACGAUAGAAUUACAACUAGUCUGUCACCUACUGACACUACUGACGAUAGAAUUACAACUAGUCUACAACCCAAAUCCUAAUCACCUACUGACGCUACUGACGAUAGAAUUACAACUAGUCUGGAACGCAAAUCCUCAUCACCUACUGACCCUACUGACGAUAGAAUUACAACUAGUCUAGAACCCAAAUCCUCAUCACCUACUGAUGCUACUAGAAUUACAACUAGUCUAGAACCCAAAUCCUCAUCACCUACUGACCCUACUGACGAUAGAAUUACAACUAGUCUAGAACCCAAAUCCUCAUCACCUACUGAUGCUACUAGAAUUACAACUAGUCUAGAACCCAAAUCCUCAUCACCUACUGACCCUACUGACGAUAGAAUUACAACUAGUCUAGAACCCAAAUCCUCAUCACCUACUGACCCUACUGACGAUAGAAUUACAACUAGUCUAGAACCCAAAUCCUCAUCACCUACUGACGCUACUGACAAUUGAAUUACAACUAGACUAGAACCAAAAUCCUCAACACAAUGACCCUAUAGAAUUAAAACUAGUCUAGAACCCAAAUCCUCAUCACCAACUGACCCUACUGACUGUAGAAUUUCAACUAGUCUAGAACCAAAAUCCUCAUCACCAACUGACCCUAUAGAAUUGCAACUAGUCUAGAACCCAAAUCCUCAUCACCAACUGACCCUAAAGAAUUACAACUAGUCUAGAACCGGAAUCCUCAUCACCUACUGACCCUACUGACGAUAGAAUUACAACUAGUAUAGAACCGGAAUCCUAAUCUCCUACUGACCCUACUGACGAUAGAAUUACAACUAGUCUAGAACCCAAAUCCUCAUCACCUACUGACCCUACUGACGAUAGAAUUACAACUAGUAUAGAACCGGACUCCUCAUCACCUACUGACACUACUGACGAUAUAAUUACAACUAGUCUACAACCCAAAUCCUAAUCACCUACUGACCCUACUGACGAUAGAAUUACAACUAGACUAGAACCGGAAUCCUCAUCUCCUACUGACCCUACUGACGAUAGAAUUACAACCAGUCUAGAACCCAAAUCCUCAUCACCUACUGACCCUAUAGAAUUACAACUUGUCUAGAACCCAAAUCCUCAUCACCAACUGACCCUAUAGAAUUACAAAUAGUCUAGAACCCAAAUCCUCAUCACCAACUGACCCUAUAGACUGUAGAAUUACAACUAGUCUAGAACCCAAAUCCCCUUCACCAACCGACCCUACAGAAUUACAACAAGUCUAGAACCCAAAUACUCAUCACCAACUGACUCAAUAGACUGUGGAAUUACAACUAGUCUAGAACCCAAAUACUCAUCACCAACUGACUCAAUAGACUGUGGAAUUACAACUAGUCUAGAACCCAAAUACUCAUCACCAACUGACCCUAUAGACUGUAGAAUUACAUUUAGUCUAGAACCCAAAUCCUCAUCACACUACACGGAACACUGUAUACUGUCCCCUACUGUUCCCUACUGUCCCCUACUGUCCACACUACAGUAGUACUAUAACCCAGACACAGCAUGUUGUCCCCUACUGGCCCCUACUGUCCCCUACUGGCCACACCUCAGUACUACUAUAACCCAGAAACAGCAUACUGUCCCCUACUGGCCACACUACAGUACUACUAUAACCCAGACACAGCAUACUGUCCCCUACUGUCCCCUACUGGCCACACUACAGUACUACUAUAACCCAGAUACAGCAUACUGUCCCCUACUGUCCCCUACUGUCCCCUACUGGCCACACUACAGUACUACUAUAACCCCGACACAGCAUACUGUCCCCUACUGUCCACACUACAGUACUACUAUAACCCAGACACAGCAUACUGUCCCCUACUGUCCCCUACUGCCCCCUACUGGCCACACUACAGUACUACUAUAACCCAGACACAGCAUACUGUCCCCUACUGGCCCCACUAUAGUACUACUAUAACCCAGACACAGCAUACUGUCCCCUACUGUCCACACUACAGGACUACUAUAACCCAGACACAGCAUGUUGUCCCCUACUGUCCCCUACUGUCCACACUACAGUACUACUAUAACCCAGACACAGCAUACUGUCCCCUACUGGCCACACUACAGGACUACUAUAACCCAGACACAGCAUACUAUCCCCUACUGUCCCCUACUGGCCCCACUACAGUACUACUAUAACCCAGACACAGCAUACUGUCCCCUACUGUCCCCUACUGGCCACACUACAGUACUACUAUAAUCCAGACACAGCAUACUGUCCCCUACUGUCCCCUACUGGCCACACUACAGUACUACUAUAACCCAGACACAGCAUACUGUCCCCUACUGUCCCCUACUGGCCACACUACAGUACUACUAUAACCCAGACACAGCAUACUGUCACCUACUGUCCACACUACAGUACUACUAUAACCCAGACACAGCAUACUGUCCCCUACUGGCCCCACUACAGUACUACUAUAACCCAGACACAGCAUACUGUCCCCUACUGGCCACACUACAGUACUACUAUAACCCAGACACAGCAUACUGUCCCCUACUGGCCCCACUACAGUACUACUAUAACCCAGACACAGCAUACUGCCCCCUACUGUCCACACUACAGUACUACUAUAACCCAGACACAGCAUACUGUCCCCUACUGUCCCCUACUAGCCACUCUACAGUACUACUAUAACCCAGACACAGUAUACUGUCCCCUACUGGCCACACUACAGUACUACUAUAACCCAGACACAGUAUACCGUCCCCUACUGUCCCCUACUGUCCCCACUACAGUACUACUAUAACCCAGACACAGCAUACUGUCCCCUACUGGCCACACUACAGUACUACUAUAACCCAGACACAUUAUACUGUCCUCUACUGUCCCCUACUGGCCACACUACAGUACUACUAUAACCCAGACAAAGCAUACUGUCCCCUACUGUCCCCUACUGGCCACACUACAGUACUACUAUUACCCAGACACAGUAUACUGUCCCCUACUGGCCACACUACAGUACUACUAUAACCCAGACACAGUAUACCGGCCCCUAAUGGCCACACUACAGAACUACUAUAACCCAGACACAGUAUACUGCCCCCUACUGUCCACACUACAGUACCACUAUAACCCAGACACAGCAUACUGCCCCCUACUGUCCACACUACAGUACUACUAUAACCCAGACACAGCAUACUGCCCCCUACUGUCCACACUACAGUACUACUAUAACCCAGACACAGUAUACUGGCCCCUACUGGCCACACUACAGUACUACUAUAACCCAGACACAGUAUACUGCCCCCUACUGCCCCCUACUGUCCACACUACAGGACUACUAUAACCCAGACACAGCAUACUGCCCCCUACUUGCCUCUACUGUCCCCACUAUAGUACUACUAUAACCCAGAAACAGCAUACUGUCCCCUACUGUCCCCUACUGACCACACUAUAGUACUACUAUAACCCAGACACAGCAUACUGUACCCUACUGUCCCUUACUGGCCACACUACAGUACUACUUCCUACUUCCUUCCUCUCUGGCAUCCUAGAGAUCAGUAAUCUAGUGUUCACCAGUCUCUUCUCUCUCUC